UUGAACAUUAAAUCCAUCAAUUGUCCCCGUGCUCAAUCAGCCACCCAGCCUACGAUGGCGCCCUCACCCGACCGCGUCGCCAGGAUCAUGCUGUCCUGGCACUCGCUUGAGCUCGUCUCGUGCACCAACCUCCAAACCCUGUGGGCAGGAUACGGACACAUCUGCGCCCUCUCCGCCCGCGCAACCACCCCCGAAGCGGCCGCCCACCUCAGUCAGCUCUGCGGCGUGGAACCAAGAGGCAGGGGGACCACCUACCCACUCAUUCUCAAGCUCAUCUCUCCUCCCGGCCGAAAGGCCUCCACGGAGGAUGAGGGUCAUCUCCGCAAAAUGCUGAGCUAUGAAGUGGAGCAGUGGUUCUACACGGAAAUCGUGCCGCAGCUCGGCGACGAGAUCGGCGUGGCCAAGUGUCUUGCCUCGACGCGCGACAUGCACGGUAAGGUCGGCGAGGAGGAGCUCCGCGGUCUGACGGCCACCAUCAUGGUCGAUCUGCGGCCUCGAUACCCUGUCGCCGGGGGCAAGCGGAGCUCGCUGGACAGCAGACAAGUGCACGCGGCAUUGGACUGGCUGGCUGCCUUUCACAGUCGGUCGUGGGCGUUGUUGACGGAUAGUAGAGACGCAUGUGUUCUCCCGCCGCUUGAGGAGGCUCGCAAAAGGAGGCCGGAUGGAAUCAAGAGCGAUGUCCGGGGGUUGUGGCUCAAUGGCGGGUAUACAUACCUCGCCACGCGCCGGAAGGAGUACGCUGCUCUCGUUGAUGAUGUGGACUCGGAGUGGUCGGAAGCACUAUGCAGCACAAAUGAGGGCUUCGCAGCGUCUGUGGCUGAGAUGGUGGCGACUGUGCUGACCCCUGCUGGGAGAUCGAUGGAGUCGUAUAUUCACGGGGAUGUCAAGUCGGAGAACCUGUUCACAACUGCCGCAGGAGAAGAGGUCGCGUUCUUUGACUUCCAGUACGUGGGGCUGGGCCUGGGGGUCUGCGAUCUUGCCAAGCUGUUUACGUGCUCAGUCCCGUUGGGUAUGCUGGUUGAUGACGAAGAGGAUUUGCCUGAACAGCUGCCCAUGCGCGUUGGGGAGAAGCAGCUGCUGGAGGCGUAUCGCAGACGGCUUCUCCGGGGCCAACCUUCGGAGCUGUAUGACUGGGAUACAUUUAGACGACACUGGGAAUCCGCGCUUGUUGACUGGUGCCGAUUUCAGGCCUCGUGGGGCUUCUGGGGCAACACCGAGUGGCUGGAGGCCCGUGUAAGGUAUAUUCUCAAUGACCAGGAAUGGCGGGACUGGCUGCACGAGGAAAUUCGUUCGCGAGGCAGCUGAUGGGACGCAGUACGGC